AAUGGAGGAUUUUAUUUGUGCUAUAAAAACAUUAUGUGCGGAUAAAAACAACCAACAGUUAUCGGAAUUGCUAAACAAGAACACUGAACAAUUGCUGCAAAAUUCUACGAACAUUGACCAAGUUGUUGGGGCGUUAGAUCCUGAACAGCAUGCGUUAGCUUUCAUUUCUUUGCUAUCGUUGAAAGUUACAUUUCCUAAUCCUGGCGACUUUGAGCUACUUUACAUGCAAAUACAGCAGUGUGUUAACAUGUGUCCAUCAGAACAUAUUCAACUGCUUAAGAGUCAAUUUUGCCAACUAUGCCACCACUUAACGUCACAACUUGUUGAAAGAAAGCAGCCUUUAAAAGGGAUAAAAAUUCUUGCUACUGCUAUCACAAAACUACAAGCAUCUUUGUUGCAACUUACAUCAAUCCAUGCUGACCUCAUGCAGCUUUGUCUGGUUGCCAAAUGUUUCAAACCUGCAUUGCCUUUCCUUGAAGUGAACCUUUCGGAGAUUUUAAAAGAGGAUCCUCAAAAUGAUGCAAAGUAUUUCUUACUUUAUUACUACUAUGGUGGUAUGAUAUAUACGGCACUAAAGAAUUUUGGUAGAGCCUUGUUCUUUUAUGAAGUGGCCAUCACCACACCAGCAAGUGACAUUAGUUAUAUCAUGCUAUCAGCUUAUAAAAAAUUUGUGUUGGUCUCCCUCUUGGAACAUGCAAAGAUUAUCAGUCUCCCAAAGUAUACAUCACAUGUUGUAAUGAAAUAUCUCAAGCCUCUUAGUUCUCCAUAUCACGAACUAGCGGAGGCAUACGCAUCACGGAAUCCAUCAUCAGUCAAUGCUGUUGUUGCCAAGCAUGUCGAUCAUUUCACGACGGACACUAAUAUGGGCCUUGUUAAGCAGGCUAUGACGUCACUAUAUCGGGUUACUAUCAAAAGGCUUACAAAGACAUUUCUAACGCUCUCUCUAAACGACAUGACAAACCGUGUUGGUCUCAACGAUACGGAAGAGGCCGAACGCUAUGUUUUACAAAUGAUCGAAGAUGGUGAGAUUUAUGCUUCAAUCAAUCAACGAGAUGGUAUGGUGUCAUUUCACAGUAACCCAGAGAAAUAUAAUGAUCCUCGGAUGCUGAAACGACUCGACGAUCAGAUCCGUGCAUAUCAAACUCUGGACAACAAACUUCGUGCUAUGGACAACACGUUAGCGCUUAAUCCUCAGUAUAUUAAAAAGACAAGUGGUGUAAGCAGCGGUUUUGACGACGAAGGAUUAGGAAAAAUGAAAGAUGAUGGGAUGCUAUGAUUGGACGUGGUAAAACGUGAACAGCCAAUCAGGUGAAAGCGCGCGAAACUCGAAUAGACGAAUGACUAUGAAGUUGACUGCAUGACAUUAGGAGGAUAUAGAACUGCAAUAAACUGCGGUGUUUCGGUUAUAACUCACCUAUUUACCCUACGUAGAUAAAGAUUUUCUGCUUGAGAGGAUGUAUAAGCAUAUAGAGCAAAUGGUUGUAAUCGCUUUCAAGUGAAAGGUUUUGGGGUAAUUGAGAUGGAAACGAAGACAGUGUAUUGUAAUUGUGAUAUGCUACUAUGGCUUAUCACAAAGAGGUUAGUCAUCUUUGCUUACUCACAGCCUUUUUACGAGUGUUCUAAGAACGCAGGCAAAAUCAUAAACCACAGUUACAUGCAAGGUUUGUUCGCCGGACUUAAUAUCUAAGAUGUUAUCACCAAUGGGACCAGAGUUGACUGUAGCGCUUGCAUCUCCAUAUUCAUCAGAAAAUUUCCCAUCUUUCAAGUCAUCGAAGUACAAGCGAUGUUCCUCUGUGUCUGAUGUGACUCAUGCAGAAUCACAAAAUUGCUAGAACCACGAACUGUUGAUAUCAUGCACCUGCUGUGGCCCAGUGCUCUGACUCAAUAUGUUUGAAGCUCGGCCAAGCAAACAAUGAGAAAAUAAGUACGGUCAUGCAGGGUGAGCCUUCGACACAAGCUAACUUAAUAGCUUUGCAUGGUGUAUGGCUGUUGGGGAGGAUACAAUAUUGCCUAUGAUUUAUUGUGUAUAUAUAUAGUGUUUGAAUGAUUUCCUGUGUGUUGUAGUGUUUUUUUUAUAUUUGAACAUACGAAAUGUGGUUAUCCAUUCCACCUGUU